UCGAGGACAUGGAUUCGGUGCGGUAUGGCCGUCAGACUGAAGGGCUGCAGAAGUACACUGACUCCUCAGCGGAUGACCGCUGCUUCUCCAUCAUCUUCAAAGGUCGACGGAAGAAUCUGGACUUGAUCGCCUCAUCCAAAGAGGAGGCCAAGAGAUGGGUCAGCGGUCUGGAGAAGGUCAUGACUGGCAUGCACAGCCUCAACCGACAGCAGAACAGUGAACACUGGAUCUAUAAUUGCAUGCGCAAGGCUGACAAGAAUGCAGACAACAAAAUGUCCUUGAAGGAGUUGAAGCAUUUCCUACGUCAGAUCAAUAUCGAGGUGGACGACAGUUACGCUGAGAUGCUUUUCAAGAAAUGUGACACAUCAAACUCGGGCACUCUGGAGGGAUCUGAGAUUAAACACUUCUACGAUUUACUGACUUACCGUGAGGAAAUGGAUGCGAUCUAUGGGAAGUACGCUAGUACUAAUGGACAGAUGAGCUCCAGCGACCUGUUGAACUUUCUCCAGAAAGAGCAGAAGGAGCCAGUGUCUUUGGAGCAUGCAAAGAAGCUUAUUGAGAAAUAUGAGGUGGAUGAGACAGGUAAGCACACUUAAAUUACCAAAAGAAUACAUCAGAUAACUGUUACUUUUAAAGAUAUUGAUAGCUGCAUUAAUAGA